AUGUCGGAGCCGGUCUCUGCCUCGAGCUCGAGUCAAGGCGCUGCAGCUGGCGGUAAAAAGGUCAAGCAGAACAAGCGUCCAUCACCCGAGGAGAUCGAAGCCAAGCGCCGCGAGCGUGCGGCCAAAAAGGAGAAGGAGGCCGCCGACAAGGUCGCCAAGGAAGCGGAGCUCGCGGCUGCAAUUGCUGCCAACGGCAAGAUUCCAAACGGACAUCUGGACGAGCAUGGCAAUGUGCUCUUUGUCCCGCGAGACUGGGCUCAUGUGUCGCAAGCCAGAGAGAACUCGGCAUCGGCCAAGCAAAAGGUGCGGGUCGUCAGCUGGAACAUCCUCGCGCAAGGGCUGGUGCGCCGCACGCUCUUCCCGGGCUCGGACUGCCUCAAGUUCAAGGAUCGAUCGGUGGGGCUGACGGCCGAAUUCUCGAGUCGCACCGGACACGGCUGGGAUGUGGGAUGCUUCCAGGAGGUGGACCGCAUGGACGUGCAUGGAGAGACGCUCGACAAGGACGGCUUCAGCUACGUGUACGAGAAAGGAUACCGACAGAAGCAGCACGGCCUGCUCGUGGCUUGGAGACGCGACCUCUUCGGCGAGAGCGCUCACAAACGCAUGACCAUCGAUCUUGAUGCCGAAAGUGUCUCCGCACCGUCCGAGCCGAUCCGAACAGCAUGUUCGCGCGUGACCCGCAACGUAGGCCUGUUCGUGGCGCUCACGUUGCGCGACUCUGCCACUGGCGAUGCUGGCGCCAAGCCGGGGAUCAUUGUGGCAACCACGCAUCUGUUCUGGCACCCCAUGCAUGCCUAUGAAAGGGCGCGACAGUCUGGGAUCCUGGUGCGAAGGCUGCACGAGUUUCGCAAAGAGCUGGGAGCAGAGUGGCAAGACGCACCCUGCAUCCUCGCCGGCGACUUCAACGAUCAACCGCACUCGGCGACCUACCACCUUUUGGCAGGCCGCGAGUUGACGCCGCACUGCCACGGGGAAGUGUCGAUGUCCAGCGUAGUGCACAAGAGCAUCGACGAACGCAGGGAAAGGGGCGGCGUCUCGGUCGGCUUUGCUGAGGGCACAACGGAGGUGGCCCGUAACCUUCCCUCCACCAAGUCUGUCGCUCCGAGCACCGACAGUGCUGCAGUCGAGGAACAAGACCAGCAGAACGCAGAGGAAGAUGCGGAGGAGCAAGGCGAGGAGGGGGAGGGAGAGGAGGAGGAAGCGGAAGAGGAGGGCGGUGAGCCUGACGACCGCAUGCUCAAGAACUGCCGUGCAGCAACUGAGGAAGAUGCGCUCUUGUCCAUGGACGAGCUGCUCCAGCUGCACGAUGUCAGCCGUCCUCGACCAGGAUCAGCCAGAGCGCAAGGAGACUCUGGCGAGGCCACAUCUGCGCACCUCGGCUCCGCGUAUGGCCUCCACUACGGUCACAUGAGCGACCCUUCGGAGGAUGGCAACUUUUUCGGCUCGCCCGAACGAGGCCGUGAGCGCUGGGACGACCCUGACUGGACGCCAGAGACGCCCAACUGCCACACGGGCGACAGCACCGAGCCCAUGUGGACCAUCUUUUCGAGCCUCUUCUGCCUUACGCUCGACUACAUCUUUAUGCUGCCCAAGGUGGAAACGUCGACCGAAGCGCGCGCUGCUCCAAGCUACCCCACGGUGACAAGGCUGCUGCGCACGCAUCGCACCGAGACCCUUCAACCGGGCGUUCCUAGAAAGGGCGUUUGUGCCUCGGACCACAUCGCCAUUGGCGCGGAGAUUGAGCUGUAG